AUGAACGGUAUGAAUGGCACGAAUAUGGCGGCAGGAAUGCCUGUGCCAACACCCGCGGGUCACCAGGCUGAGCUGAACUACAUCUAUGGCAUGGUUGAGGAGCUCAGCCGCCAGCUGGCAGAGAACCGCCGGGUGACAGAAGACAUUGUCAGCGGGCUGGGAAGAGUGAGGAACAGGGCCAGGACCCACGGUGUGAACAACCAACAGGUCAUUGAGGGCGCCUCGGACGACAUCAAUGGCCAAGAACAGAAUAUCGAUGCCCUCAUUUCUCUCCUAACCGAGUCCCUCGAAAAGGCCAAGUUUAGCCGCGACGCCAACGCGAAGCUUCUCUCACAGUACGCCAGCGCCAUGGCCAACCUCUUGCGACAAUUCCACGAGUACAAGACAAAGCACGUAAGCGACGUCGCUUCCUGGCACCGCUCCUACCGCAAACAACUUUCCGAUGCGCGUGAUGAGAACGCCCGUCUGCGCGAGCAGAUCUGGCAGAUGCAGGCUCAUGCGGGGCGCGCCAACGAGAGCCUGCGCGAGUUCCGGUGCAAAUACGACGAGGACGAGGCGCGCUGGAACAGACUUGUGGAUGAGAAGGCAGUCAGGCAAGAACUGCGAUUCUGGAAGCGCAUGGCUAUGCCGGAACUGGAAGAUGACGACCCGUACUGGAGUGACGACGACGAUAUCAUCGACCCGGCCGAGAAGGACCGUCUGCGUGAACUGGACCUUAAGGCGGCACAGGAACAGCUGGACAGUCAAGCCGAAGACAGCGAUGGCCAAGGUCCUCCACCGCAGCUGCCAUUGCCGGGGAUGGGGAUCGGUAUGAGCAUGAUGGGAGGUAUUGCGAUGCAGCGCGAGGACUCGGCGGCUGGACACGGUGUGCCGGUGCUUCCUCCUAGGCCGCUGAGCGCAGCGUCGAGUACGGGGUCCACUGGACAGUGAAGUGAGGCAUGAUGAAAAUGGGAAUGUUUUGAUUUAGCGAUACCCAGGACUGGAUGGAAAUGUACAAUAGUGGUGGAUAGGAUCCAAUGUUGAUAUGAAGACCACGGGCUGUGCCUGG